AUGGAUUCAAAAGAAAGUUCAUCAGAUCUACUGAGCAGAUACAAAGCAAGAAAAAUGUUGGGAGUUGGGGAAUCAUCUGGAAACGUAGUCUCUUCUAAGGUGGCACAAAUACUCGGUGAGACCAAUGAACCCAAAUUAGACAUUCAACAUAUUUCAUGCAUAUACUACUGGAACUAUUUUAUGGCAAUUUUAAUUAUGUCAUGUGGAUUGAUAUUAGUAGGAUCCCCUACAUCUUAUAAUGACUGGUUUAUUCAAAGACUAUUUCCAAUCUCAGAUAUCCAUGACAAUUUGAAUUCCCUUGAAUUCUGUGGUAUACAAAGGCCAUAUAAUACACAAUUCGUCUUUAAAAACUUUGGAUGUUUACAUAUAACUUUAGCAUUGAGUAUGUUCUAUGCCAUAUUGUUGAUCAAACCCAACGGUAUUUACGUAUCACAAUUUAUAUCGUUUGUUUAUGCAUCGAGUUCCUUAACAGUUCAUUUAUUAACAAAGCAACAAUUUGAUCAAAUCAUGUACAUCUACACUUUAAUAACAAUGAUCACAUUUAUAUUCUACAUUAAACUUGUAAGUAUACAAGCCAAGGGAUGGAUAUUUACCGGUAGAAAUUACCUUCUGAAUAGUUUAAAAUCUCAGAAUACAAAUUAUCCUUCUACAAAUGAAACUGCAAAAUGA